CUUCCAGUUAAGAGCCCGUAAUAUUCACCUAUGCUAAAUUUGACCUUCAGGCUCUGUCCCGUCGAGCAAGCACGCUGCGGAAGGGUAUUCCAUGCAUCUGUGGUCCGACUCAGCGUCCUGCAUUUGGAAGCUUAAAUUGGGCCGUCUUUAUAUCAUUUGAAGAUGGGAUACGAUGGGUAUUCAGGUCCCCACGUCCUAGGACAUUCAUGCCAGUGGAGAUGGGAAAAAAGCUACUGUCAAGCGAAGCUGCCACGCUGCGAUAUCUCAAGGCCCACAGCGAUAUCCCAGUUCCAGAAAUCUACGACUAUUGUGCUUCUUCCGAUAAUGAAAUCGGUAUCCCGUUCAUUUUCAUGAGCGAAGCUCCUGGCCGACCACUGUCAAAAGUCUGGAGACCAGCCGGCUCCCCUCAACCUGACAUAGAGACCUCCAGCAAGGCAAAAGUUCUCUAUCAGCUGGGCGGUAUCACCUGGAAGCUGUCGCAGUUGCGUUUCGAUAAGGUCGGUUCACACUUUGAAGAAGAAGAGUCCUUCGAAAUCAAGGAAUGUCUCUCCCGGGGUCACAUGCUACACAGUCGAUAUUGCUUGGAGAUUCCACGUGGGCCGUUCACUUCUGAAGAGCAGUUCUAUGACAGCCUUGCCUCUGCAUUCUCGGAGCAGGCAGAAAUUCUGCAGCUAUCACAUCACUGCUUUGUGGCACCCAUUCCCUCACGAGACGACUAUCAAUCUAACACACACUAUGCGGAGGCUAUGAGCCUAUGGAACGACUUUGUGACCCUCUGCUGCAAGAUCGACUCGUCAGACAACAGACUGGACUACAUAAUCGUGGGUGAUGCUCUCCGUGACAUUUUACGGCAAUGUAAACUCCCUGCGGUCAACACAGAAACUUUUCCUUUGUGCCACCCUGAUCUGAGUGUCAACAACAUCUAUGUGGAUGAUGAUUACAACAUAACGUGUAUCAUCGACUGGGCAUUCGCUUCAUCUAUUCCCGAAUCUAUGCUGUUAGCUGCGCCUGGACUGCCACAAUAUCGCGACGAAAUCGAAAGCUUGAUACGGACAUACCGUGAAUCGCUAGAGCGGGGCCAGGUCUCCUGGAGAUUCAAUCGCCUCAUAAAUCUGGAUUCAAAGCGGCGUUCGCCUCACUACAUCCAGCUUUACAGAGAAGUUCAAGAGGAGGAUCAGCCACGUUCAAAAAUUGAGAAGGAUGAACAGGAAUACUUUCGAAACAAGGAUCUCCGACACACAAUAGCCAAGAAGCUGACGCUGAUGUCAGAAUGGAAAGCACAGUAUGCCACCAACAAACCGCAGACACUUCGCACGGACAUGUUUAUCGCUUGGCCCAGCUUAUGGAAGUGGAUCCAACAAUGCAUGCAGGAGUGGGAAGAUAUGCCUUGA